AAGUAACUUGCAAAUUAAAUUGAAUAAGAAUAAACAUAAAUAUGCAGGAUGAUUAUCAUAGGGCAAUCGGCUACCAAAAUAAGACAAAUUUUAGCUAUCAAUUAAAUUAAACUCAGUAUUAAUUCAUCUAAUCUGCAUUAUGGGCUAUUUAUUUAAAAAAAAAAAAUAGGACUAUUUAAUGUGAUUCAUGGUUGAAUUCUGAACAACAACAGGUUGCUGUUGCUCUGCUUCCCUCAUGAGUUUGAUAUUUUCUAGCAGUGCACAUCCAGGCCAUCUUGCGACAGUCACAGCUUUAAGGACAUUCACUCCCAGCCUGUGAAGCCAAACCGACCGGAAGCGCGGAUUGAUUUCUCCACGGCAAGCAAAGGCGGCUAAAAAAAGAAAAAAGAAAAAGAAAAGAAAAAAGAGGAAAAAAUCAAAGGAGCUCUUAUUAGAUGAUAAUCCUCCAACCUCUCGGACGGGAUUUCUCGGGAAGAGACAAAGGUUUUAAAUCUCAAAUUCACAAUAUACCUGCGAUAAUAAAGGAUUAUUCUUUCGGAGAUGGGAUCUACCUUCAAGGUCCCCACCUGCUGGGCACCGUAAUGGUGGCCGCCAUUGCUUUAAGCACCAUGGACAGCGGCGCCCCUUUGACACCAUGUCAGCUGCAGCUUCAGUCAUUCACAUGAAACCUGAACAACUGAGGUAGAUUUAGCAGGAUUAGCAGUGAGCAGCUCCCCGCCCCAGCUGAGCCCCUCGUUGCCCUCUGAACAAGCAGGAUGACAAGAUGGCACAACUGCUUGUACCGCCCGGACCUGACAGCUUCCGCCCCUUCGUCCCCGAGUCGCUGGCCGCCAUCGAGAGGCGCAUCGCCGAGGAGGAGGCCCGGAGACCACGGGCGGAUCGCCGCAGUGACAGUGAUGAUGAAAACGGUCCAAAGCCCAACAGUGACCUGGAGGCAGGGAAAUCUCUCCCCUUCAUCUAUGGGGACACCCCCUCCCAACUGGUGUCCACCCCUCUGGAGGACUUGGACCCCUUCUACAGCAAUCAGAAGACCUUCAUAGUAUUGAAUCGCGGGAAGGCAAUCUUCCGUUUCAACGCCACUCCUGCCUUGUACAUCUUAAGCCCCUUCAACCCUCUGAGGAGGAUAGCUAUUAGAGUUUUAGUACACUCGUUGUUCAGCAUGUUGAUCAUGUUCACCAUCCUGACCAACUGUGCUUUCAUGACCCUCAGUAACCCCCCGGAAUGGGCCAAGAAUGUAGAGUACACAUUCACAGGGAUUUACACCUUCGAGUCCCUUAUAAAAAUCCUGGCCAGGGGCUUCUGCGUGGGGAAGUUCACUUUCCUCCGGGACCCAUGGAACUGGCUGGAUUUCAGUGUUAUCCUCAUGGCAUAUGUCACAGAGUUUGUGGACCUGGGCAAUGUCUCAGCACUGCGAACCUUCAGGGUUCUGCGAGCCCUGAAAACUAUAUCAGUCAUCCCAGGCUUGAAGACCAUCGUCGGCGCCCUGAUCCAGUCGGUGAAAAAGCUGUCGGACGUGAUGAUCCUCACCGUGUUCUGCCUCAGCGUCUUCGCCCUCAUCGGCCUGCAGCUCUUCAUGGGCAACCUGAGGCAGAAGUGCGUGCGUAAACUGCUCUUCACCAACAGCAGCAAUAUCACCGCCGACGAUAUGAUGUUUUUCAACGGCACCCUGAUGGAAAGCAACAGCACGUCUGUGCAGAACGCCACAGAGAACCCCUUCAACUGGACAGAGUACAUCAACGACGAGAAUAAUUAUUAUUACCUCCCUGGCCGUAGGGACGCUCUGCUCUGCGGGAAUGCCAGUGGCGCUGGGCUCUGUCCAGAGGGCUUCCUGUGUCUGAAAGCAGGUCGUAAUCCAGAUUACGGCUACACCAGCUUCGACACCUUCAGCUGGGCCUUCCUCUCUCUGUUCCGACUCAUGACCCAGGACUACUGGGAAAACCUCUACCAGCAGACUUUGCGCGUGGCAGGGAAACCCUACAUGAUCUUCUUCGUGCUGGUGAUCUUUCUGGGCUCCUUCUACCUGGUCAACCUGAUCCUGGCCGUGGUGGCCAUGGCGUACGACGAGCAGAACCAGGCGACCAUCGAGGAGGCCCAGCAGAAGGAGGAGGAGUUCCAGGCCAUGCUGGAGCAGCUGAAGAGACAGCAGGAGGAGGCACAGGUUGCCGCAGCAGCAGCCACGGAGAGCGGAGAGUACAGCGGGAGAGGGGGCCCCACCUCCGAGUCCUCCUCGGGGACGUCUAAGCUCAGCUCCAAGAGCGCCAAGGAGCGACGCAACAGGCGGAAGAAGAGGAAGCAGAGGGAGGAGGAGGAGGAGAGGGGGGCACUUAAGUUCCACAAGUCUGAGUCUGAGGACAGCAUCAAGAGGUCGAGCUUCCGCUUCUCAAUCGAUGCCAACCGGCUUUCUUAUGAGAAGAGAUGCUCCUCGCCCAACCAGUCUCUGCUCAGUAUCCGCGGAUCCCUCCUCUCUCCUCGGAGGAACAGCCGCGCCAGCUUGUUCAGCUUCCGCGGCCGGGCGCGCGACAUGGGCUCCGAGAACGACUUCGCCGACGACGAGCACAGCACCUUCGAGGAGAGCGACAGCCGGCGGGGUUCCCUGUUCCUGCCGCGCCGCCUCGAGCGCCGCUCCAGCGCCGUCAGCCAGACGAGCCUCGGGGCGCCGCGGAUCAUACUGCCUGCCAACGGCAAGAUGCACUGCACUGUGGACUGCAACGGUGUGGUUUCUCUAGUCGGUGGAACGUCCGUAACAACCUCCCCUGUAGGUCACCUGCUGCCUGAGGGAACAACGACAGAUACUGAGCUGAAGAAACGUCGGUCAGGUUUUCACCAGCCAUCCAUGGAUUAUCUGGAUGAACCAGGGGGCCGGCAGAGAGCCAUGAGUGUGGCCAGUAUCCUCACCAACACCAUGGAAGAGCUUGAGGAGUCGAGACAGAAGUGCCCCCCCUGCUGGUACAGAUUUGCCAACACCUGUCUGAUCUGGGAUUGUUGUCCAGCAUGGCUGAAAAUCAAGGAGGUGGUAAACAUGGUGGUCAUGGACCCAUUUGUGGAUCUGGCCAUCACAAUCUGCAUCGUCCUCAACACCCUUUUCAUGGCCAUGGAGCAUUACCCCAUGACGAAAGAAUUCAACACUGUCCUCUCAGUCGGAAACCUGGUGUUCACGGGCAUCUUCACAGCAGAGAUGUGCUUCAAGAUCAUCGCCCUGGAUCCCUACUACUACUUCCAGGAGGGCUGGAACAUCUUUGACGGCAUCAUUGUUAGUCUCAGUUUGAUGGAGCUCGGCCUGGCCAACGUAGAAGGCCUGUCUGUGCUCAGGUCCUUCAGACUGCUGAGGGUCUUCAAACUGGCCAAGUCAUGGCCCACUUUGAACAUGCUGAUCAAGAUCAUCGGCAACUCGGUGGGCGCUCUGGGGAACCUGACCCUGGUGCUGGCCAUCAUCGUCUUUAUCUUCGCCGUGGUCGGCAUGCAGCUGUUCGGCAAGAGCUACAAGGAGUGUGUGUGUAAGAUCUCAGACGAGUGUGAGCUGCCUCGCUGGCACAUGCACGAUUUCUUCCACUCCUUCCUCAUUGUGUUCCGGGUGCUGUGCGGAGAGUGGAUCGAGACCAUGUGGGACUGCAUGGAGGUGGCGGGACAGUCGAUGUGCCUGAUAGUCUUCAUGAUGGUCAUGGUCAUUGGAAACCUGGUGGUUCUAAACCUGUUCCUGGCUCUCCUCCUGAGCUCCUUCAGCGCCGACAACCUGGCGGCAACCGACGACGACAGCGAGAUGAACAACCUGCAGAUCGCCGUGGGCCGCAUCCAGCGGGGCAUCGCAUUCGUCAAAGCCACGGUGCGGCAGUUCCUCCAGAGCCUCUGCUUUGGAGGGGGCGGUAAGGGAUCCGGUCUGGCCGAGGAGAGCAAACCCUUAGACGAACUGCACAGCAACGGCAAGGGCAACUGCAUCUCCAAUCACACCUCAGUGGAGAUCAGCAAAGACCCCGGUGGGGUGUACAUGACGGAGGGCAAUGGACGGCCUGGAGGAGGGCUGGUGGUAGGGGUCAGGGCUGGUGGGGACACUACGGUGAAGUACCCCGUAGAGGAAAGCGACUACAUGUCAUUUAUUCAUAACCCCAGCCUCACAGUGACGGUGCCCAUCGCUGUGGGCGAGUCAGACUUUGAGAACCUGAACACAGAAGAUUUCAGCAGCGACUCGUCGGACAUAGAGGGCAGCAAAGAGAAGCUCGACGCAGAGCCCCAACCUCUGAGCUCAUCGGAGGGGAGCACAGUUGAUAUUCGCCCCCCAGGAGAUGGGGUUGACUCAGUGGAGCUCGAGCCGGAGGAGUCACUGGACCCAGAGGCCUGCUUCACCGAGGGCUGUGUGCGCAGGUUCCAGUGCUGCCAGAUCAACGAGGAGGGCAGCCAUUAUAAGAGCUGGUGGACGCUCAGGAAGACCUGCUUCAUCAUAGUGGAGCACAACUGGUUUGAAUCCUUCAUCAUAUUCAUGAUCCUGCUCAGCAGUGGAGCUCUGGCGUUCGAGGACAUUUACAUCGAGCAGCGGAGGACCAUCAAAACAAUGCUGGAGUACUCGGACAAGGUCUUCACUUACGUGUUCAUUCUGGAAAUGCUAUUGAAGUGGGUGGCGUACGGCUUCGUCAAGUACUUCACCAACGCCUGGUGCUGGCUCGACUUCCUCAUUGUAGACGUGUCGCUGGUCAGCCUCGUAGCCAACGCUCUGGGCUACUCCGAGCUUAGCGCUAUCAAAUCUCUGAGGACGCUGCGAGCCCUGCGGCCCCUGAGGGCCCUGUCUCGGUUUGAGGGCAUGAGGGUUGUGGUGAACGCGCUGCUGGGGGCCAUCCCCUCCAUCAUGAACGUGCUGUUGGUCUGCCUCAUCUUCUGGCUCAUCUUCAGCAUCAUGGGUGUCAACCUGUUUGCAGGGAAGUACUACCACUGCGUCAACACCACGUCGGACGAGAUCUUACCCAUCAGCAUCGUCAACAACAAGUCCGAGUGCAUGAGCUUGGUCAACGACAGCGCCCGCUGGAAGAAUGUCAAAAUCAACUUUGACAACGUCGGUGCCGGCUACCUGGCUCUGUUGCAAGUCGCGACGUUUAAAGGUUGGAUGGACAUCAUGUACGCAGCCGUGGACUCUCGAAAUUUGGAGGACCAGCCUAAAUAUGAAGUGAACCUGUACAUGUACCUCUACUUUGUCAUCUUCAUCAUCUUCGGCUCCUUCUUCACCCUCAACCUGUUCAUUGGUGUCAUCAUCGACAACUUCAACCAGCAGAAGAAGAAGUUCGGAGGUCAGGACAUCUUCAUGACAGAAGAACAGAAGAAAUACUACAACGCCAUGAAGAAGCUGGGCUCCAAGAAACCUCAAAAACCAAUCCCUCGGCCGACAAAUGCAUUUCAAGGCUGCGUGUUUGACUUCAUCACGAAGCAGGCGUUCGACAUCGUGAUCAUGAUCCUCAUCUGCCUCAACAUGGUGACCAUGAUGGUGGAGACGGACGACCAGACGCCGGACAUGGACAAAAUCCUGUACUGGAUCAACCUGGUCUUCAUCGUGCUCUUCACCGGGGAGUGUGUGCUGAAGAUGAUCUCCCUGCGUCACUAUUACUUCACCAUCGGCUGGAAUAUAUUUGACUUUGUGGUGGUGAUCCUGUCCAUCGUAGGAAUGUUUUUAUCCGAGCUCAUCGAGAAAUACUUUGUGUCCCCGACGCUGUUCCGAGUGAUCCGCCUGGCCAGAAUAGGCCGAAUCCUCCGUCUUAUCAAAGGCGCCAAGGGCAUCCGGACGCUUCUCUUCGCCUUGAUGAUGUCACUCCCCGCCCUGUUCAACAUUGGUCUCCUCCUCUUUCUGGUCAUGUUCAUCUACGCCAUCUUUGGCAUGUCCAACUUCGCCUACGUCAAGCGCGAGGCGGGAAUCGAUGACAUGUUCAAUUUCGAGACGUUCGGGAACAGUAUGAUUUGUUUGUUUCAGAUUACCACCUCAGGCGGGUGGGACGGCCUGCUGGCGCCCAUACUGAACAAGAGGGAGCCCGACUGUGACAGCCAGAUGGAGCACCCGGGCAACUCCUACAAAGGCAACUGUGGCAACCCAUCAGUGGGCAUCUUCUUCUUCGUCAGCUACAUCAUCAUCUGCUUCCUCAUUGUGGUCAACAUGUACAUCGCCGUCAUCCUGGAGAACUUCAGCGUGGCUACGGAGGAGAGCGCCGAGCCGCUGAGCGAGGACGACUUUGAGAUGUUCUACGAGGUGUGGGAACGCUUCGACCCAGACGCCACUCAGUUCAUGGAGUACAGCAAGCUUUCUGACUUUGCAGAUGCUCUAGAUCCGCCGCUGCGCAUGCCCAAGCCGAACAUGAUCCAGCUCAUCUCCAUGGACCUGCCCAUGGUCAGCGGCGAGCGCAUCCACUGCCUCGACAUCCUGUUCGCCUUCACCAAGCGAGUGUUGGGUGAAGGCGGCGAGAUGGACGUGUUGCGCGGGCAGAUGGAGGAGCGCUUCAUGGCCUCUAACCCCUCCAAGGUGUCAUACGAGCCCAUCACCACCACCCUCCGCCGCAAACAAGAGGACAUGUCGGCCGUCAUCAUCCAGAGAGCGUUCCGCCGCUACAUGAUCCGUCUGGCCAUGAAGAAGGCCUCCGCCCUCUACAAGGAGCGGCUGAAGGAGGGCGUCCGCGACCCGGACAAGGACGUGAUGGUCAUCAGCAAGUUCACUGAGAACUCCACCUCGGACAAAACGGACAUGACCCCCUCCACAGCCUCGCCGCCCUCCUACAACAGUGUGACGAAAUCAGACAAGGACAAAUACGAGAAAGAGAAUAGGGAAAAAGAAAACAAAGGCAAAGACUUGAAAGAGCGAAAGAAAUAGACUUUUUAAAAAGGAACAAAAAAAUUAAAAUGCAUCAGAGACAUGAGGGAAAUUUGUUUACAGCUUCUAACUGGGGGGGGGGGUAGAUACAGUAGAUGUACGCUUGUGUGCUGAUUGUUAAGAGUUGAGGGAUGCUGUGCCAGGUAGGCCUAAAGUUAGAGUGUGGUUAUGUCAUUGAUGAAUAUGUGGGGUCUUCUCACGGGGAAACAAGUAAUCCAGCAGACACUGCCAGAGAUCGAGUGGAACAUGGAAAAGCCUCUCUGCAAAACGCUUGUGAUUUUCCUAUUGGUUGUUGUUACUAUCUGACACACUGUACUGUGUGCACUGUUAAGUUGUCUGUAGCUAGUGCUGCUGCUACUACUAUAAAUCCAGUGUCUUGAAUUUAACAAUCGCUGUAUCACAAGUACUCUGCAUUUUUCUUUUUUGGUUCGUUUAUUUUGGUUACGACGUUUCUUUUUUUUUAUGAGAAAGAAUGUUUUCUACUUUUUUGUGUCCUUAUCGUGCGGAUGUGUCCGCAGCUUUCACUGUAGUAAAAUCACCAAGGGCAGACAAGAGUCGAUGCUGGAAACGUACAACAACCGUUUGAAACCAGCACAAUGCAGGGUCAGUGCCAGAGCGCUCUUCGGUCACACAGUAUAUACGAGGCUGAAACAACAAACAUACCGCUGAAGUACAAUGGACAAAUACAUUCUUUUCACUGGUGUGCCAUCAGUGGUUGUUCAAACCUGUGCUGUGCUUCAAUCUGGACUGCCAUCGCCCCACUUCAGUAGAAAACAAGUCUCUCAGUGCAGAGAAGCUGAAUGUAUGCAAGCUGAAGGAAUGAGAUACUCUUAAAGGAAAGGUUCGAUAUUUUUGGGAAAUUCUUACGAUGCUCAGUAGCAGCUGAAUUAGAUGAGAAGAUUGAUAUCACACUCAUGCAGCUAGAAGCAGCAGACCAUUAGCUUAACUCUGCGUUAACACUGAGCUAGCCUGGAUAACGCUACAGCUGCUAGCACCUAAUUAUCAUAUCUUAUUUUGCUUUUUUAAACCAUAGACAAACAAAAAUGUAAGAGCAACAAGUUGUGGUUACUUUAAGUUGCCACGGUCCCACUGUCUCUCUCUCUCUCUCCUGAGAUUGAUAUUGAUUAUUAGGAUAUCGGUCGAUAGCUGUAGCUGCUGUCAAUGUAAUAAAAAGCCAAAUGUCCUCCUGACAAAAAGUGUUGAAACGUCUAAAUCCUCUAUAACAUACAGUAGGCUAUACUGUACGGUAAGUUUAGGGUAAUGCUAGCUUAACAUGAGAGUGUUAGCAGUAGCUUUUAGCAGGUGUAGAGCCAAGCUAAUUUUUUCCCUCUUGUUUCCAGUCUUGCUAAGCUAACAACUUAAGCUGUGCUUGUCACACACACAUGCUAGCUCCUCCAGGAGUGUUUUAAAUGCUACUUACAAAAAGUUAAUUGCUAAUAAGAUCCUUGAGCUGCUCUUCUUAGUCAAGCUUUGUUUACGAUCCAAACUUGAGAAAAUCUGAAUCUACCGAGAGAGAAACUAUGUGGAGUAAACGUACGGUCACAUUAGCUUAUAAAAUAUCACUGGUAGUUUCACGUGAAGAGAAAACUGUACUGAAUGUGGAUUGUUGAUGUUUUGCUGUAUCUGUAGUUACAUGGAACUAUUUCUCUGUUGGUGUAAGUCUCUGCUAACAACCAGUCCUCCAUUAUUAACCACUACAUAGGUCAUUUGUUCCAACCCUCUGAUACGACCCAUACGAGGGUUUCCUGAAAUAAUACCCCCUUUGUCGCCGUGGUUACAAUAAUAAACGGUCAUGACUUAGGUUAGGUUUAAGCACAAAAAGUACUUGGUUAGAUUUAGGAAAAGAUCGUGCUUCCUUAAGAUCAGGCGAUCUUUGUUGUCACGGUUACAAUAAUAACAACGAAAACAUAAACUGCUACUUUCACGUGGGGAUCGAACCAGACUUCUUCCUUCUGUCAUAAUCACUACGACCACUAGAUGUCGCCUAGCAACAAAAUGUAACUAUGGGUCAUAAUAACCUGCGGCACAGACGACCUAUGGGCUCGGUUUAUUUACAGGCUAAGCUAAGUUAGCUAGAGAAUGGUAUCAAUCUUCUAAUCUAAGUCUUUACAGCUAGGUUAAUUAGCAUAUUUCCCAAAAUGUCAAAAUGAUUUCCUUAAAGUGACACUCACAUCUUACUCACAUCGUACUGCAGUGUCUCCUCCCAUGCAUUCGUUGUCCUCCCCUUCAUCCUCCACCCCCCUUCCCCUCACAUCUCCCAGAGCUCUUGUAAAGAAAAUAUCUGAAUAUACUUAAAAAGAAAAUGUCAAUCUUUCUAACUGCUCUUAAGCUAGAACACGACAAUAUAUCACAUUUAAAAGUUAUAAUAUCACAAAUGUUUUUCAUGUUGUUUAAAAUUGAGAAGCGAGUGGUUUUAAUGUAGUGGUUUGGUUUGUAAAUAAUAUCGCUAUUUGGGCCCACAGUAUGCAUCACACUUACAUUUGAUGUAAGAGCACUUUUUAUCCCCACUGCUAUGUAAUACCACGUGUGGCGGUCAUACAUGUAAGUGUGUGUGUGUGAGAGAGAGCGUGUGAGUGUGUGUCUUCGUACGUCCAUGUGUGUGUUUUGUAAGAAAGCAGAGUGAGAAUGUAAGCAUCUCUCUUUCUGUGAGCAGGCGUGUGUUCGUGUGCAACUGGGGUCUGCGGGUUGCUUAUGUUCUACUGAUAUAAAUAACAUUUUUACUGUAGAUAUGAGUCCAUUUUUCCAUAUGAGUCUUCGGGUUUGAUUUACAUUUUUUCUAGAACAGUUUUUUUUUUUUCCUUUCUGCGCUGUAACACAUGAUGAAACACAUGUAUGGUCCCCAUAUCUGUAGAUACAAACCAUGAAGCAAUCAGUAGCCAUCUCUCAUUGCGCUUGUAGUGUUUUAGUGAACUGCAUGCAAGAAGUGACUACUGUCCGCUCAUAUGGUCAUAUAAUUUUAAAGCCAAAAGAAUAAAGGACAUAUUUUUUGUAAAUGCUUGUUUAUUUUCUCCAUUUACUUUCCAGCUUUUUCUUUGUUCAGUGGUUAAAAAGGUUUUUUGUUUUUUUUUCUGUGAGUGACAUCAGCUCUUUGGUCUGUGAUCUGAACCUGAAGUAUGAUUGCUAAACGUGGCGGGAACUUUGGUUGAACAGGAUCAUUCAUGUGGUUCAAGUACAUGUUACACUUAACUAUGUAUCAAUUUGCAAAAUGUGACAAGUGACAUUUCUUUUUGUUAUAACCAAAGAUGUGGCAACAACUCACAAAAUCUAGAUUUCCAAAAUAAAACCUAUUUUGGGAAGCAUA